UUUACAACUUUGUCAUAGGCAGCCUAAAAGUAUAAUUAUUGUUAAAAUCAAUGAUUAACAACAUAACAGAAUGAACUUAUGAAUCAAUUUUUAAAAAUUUACCCGUGCUGCAGCAUCAGUUAAUAUUUCUAAUGCUUUACUUAAUUGGAGGAAUAAUUCUGCUGCCUUUGGAUUAUCUGGAUUUUUGUCAGGAUGGCAACUGAGUGCUUUCUUUCGAUAAGCUUUUUUAAUCUAUAAUCAAUGAUAAAAGUAAAUGUAAUGAGUUUUGUUUUUCGUAUAAUCAUGUGUACAUCAGAACAUAGCUUGACAAAAAUAACCUACCUCAGAUUCAUCUGAUGUUAUAGUUGCACCGAUGAUUUCAUAUAAAUCUAAUUUUGAUAUAUCGUCAUCCAUUAUGAUCAACUUUUUAUAAUUAAAUAAUAAUCUGUAAAUUUAAAUCAACUGUAAAGUUGUGUACCUUACACUUAUACGCUGUUUACUGUUUAUCAGGGCUGUUUAUGAUAAAGGUUAUGUUACCAUAUGAUUCCGAAUCGUUUUUACUGGAUCAUAUCGAUAAUGUAUAGGUAUAUUACAAUUCACAGGCCAGUUAAAGGGUCAGUUCAGUUCGCAAAACUCUAUAAACGUAGAACUUGUUCAUCUCUUGUAUGUACAUACAUUUGACCACGGCUUAAAUUAUUUAAUAUUUAUUAUUAUAUUGACGCAUGCGUAAUAAGCAUGUCAUACAAUUAUAAGAACGGAAAAACGCAGUGCAAAAGAUAAUAGGGUUAAUUAUAAAAAAUAUAAAUAGAAUAAAGCUGCAGAGCGAAUUAAUAUUAUUCACGAUUCUUUAAUUUAUGUAAGAAUUUUUAAUAUAACAGACGAUAAUUUACAAUCACGAUUUUAUUCAACACCUACGUAAUUUCUGUCUUAAGUUUUGUGUAUCAGAAUGAUUUGGGUUUGAUUAACAAUUGUUUCUAAUUAAUGUUUGUAUAAAAAACAAACAUGAGUAUUUUAUGAAAAAAAUCAAGAUAGUGAUUUCGCGCGCUUUAACGCCAUAUUAUUUUCCUUCGUUCCGCGAUCUAUAUAUAAGAUUCUAGAACGACUCUGUGCGUGAGCGUGACACAACCUCUCUACAUCAAAAAGCCGAAUGUAUAAAUCCUAUAGUCAAACUUCUACUUAUUUCUUAAUAAAAAAACAGAUCAGUUAAUUUUAUAUACAACGAAAAGGUUUCCGACUUAUUUUGUUCCAACAAUUAAAAUAACAAUAAAGUAGACAACAAAGAACAUACUACAAUUUGCAAUUGGAGUUGUAGAUGAUUAGGACAAAGAUGCUCAAUUGCAGUUGAUAAUUAUAAGAACCGUUCAGUGAACGCUAAUCAUGAUGGAUUAUGAAUUUAAGAUGAAGACCCAAAAGGACCGCAUUAAGGUCGAGGAUUUGUUCGAAUUUGAGGGCUGCAAAGUCGGCCGCGGGACUUAUGGCCACGUCUACAAAGCCCGCAGAAAAGAGGGGGUUCCUGAUAGUGAGUUGAAAAGUAGACCAGAUACAAAAGACUUUGCAUUGAAACAAAUCGAAGGCACAGGACUUUCUAUGUCUGCUUGCAGAGAAAUUACACUUCUUAGAGAACUUAAGCAUGUUAAUGUCAUCACCCUCAUCCGUGUAUUUUUAUCUCAUAAUGAUCGCAAAGUUUGGUUACUCUUUGAUUUUGCAGAACAUGACUUAUGGCAUAUUAUCAAAUUUCAUAGAGCAGCAAAAGCAAAUAAAAAACAAAUUAUGGUGCCAAAAGGCAUGGUUAAAUCUCUCUUGUACCAAAUCUUAGAUGGUAUUCAUUAUCUGCAUUCCAACUGGGUUCUGCACAGAGACUUAAAACCUGCCAAUAUUCUAGUAAUGGGGGAAGGCAAUGAGAGAGGUAGAGUAAAAAUAGCAGAUAUGGGCUUUGCUAGACUGUUCAAUGCUCCGUUAAAGCCUCUUGCAGACUUAGAUCCUGUUGUGGUGACUUUUUGGUAUAGGGCACCAGAAUUGCUACUUGGAGCUAGGCAUUAUACUAAAGCUAUAGACAUUUGGGCUAUAGGAUGUAUAUUUGCUGAACUAUUGACAUCUGAACCAAUUUUUCAUUGUAGACAAGAAGAUAUCAAAACUAGUAAUCCAUACCACCAUGAUCAAUUGGACAGGAUAUUCAAUGUCAUGGGUUUUCCACUUGAAAAAGACUGGGAAGAUAUUAAAAAAAUGCCUGAACAUCAGACAUUAUUGAGAGACUUCAAGCGUUCUAAUUAUACCAAUUGUUCAUUAACGAAAUAUAUGGACCGGCAUAAAGUCAAACCAGAUAGUAAAGCUUUCAGUUUGUUGCAAAAAUUAUUAAUGAUGGAUCCGAACAAAAGAAUCACAUCAGAACAUUCCAUGCAAGAUCCUUACUUUCAAGAAGACCCACUGCCUACUCAAGAUAUUUUUGCGGGAUGUCCAAUCCCAUAUCCUAAAAGAGAAUUUUUAACGGACGAUGAUAGCGAAGAUAAGACUGAAAAUAAAACUAGACAAAACCAACAACAAACUAUUAACAAAAAUUUUCAGCAACAAAGUCAACAGCAACAAGGUAACGGCGAACAUAGUCAUGGGCAGAACCCCAAGAGAGUGAGACUGAACGGCCCCCAUGGGGCACCCGAAUUUCACCAGCACCAAAGUCAUGCCAUGACCCAUCAACAGCCGCCGGGCAUGGUUUACUCGACUGCUCAGCCAACACAACCAUCGAACUUCCAUCAGCGUUUUUGAUAGGUCUCUCUAAGUAAUUAAAAAAAAAGAACCAUACAAUAAUAUUAUCUAAUUAACUCGUUGACGGAUGCAGUGGCGUGUGCGUUCAAUCUCUGUGUAAAUUAUAUCCACAUGCGUCAUUCAUCAUCACAUUACAAAUUUAUUUAUAGAAGAAAAGACUGUAGCUUUAUUCCUCUGUUCUUAUAAGAAUCGCCCACUUUCACUCUUUUAUAUUCAACGUUAUCGUUAUUAAUUUGGAAUUUGGGGUUAAACCUUGACCGAACCAAAACAGUGAUAUUUGUAUAAUCGUCAAUUACAUCAACAAUCAGUGUAGGUUUAAUUGAUGUUCGCCAAACUUAAAAUUUUAUUUUUAUCGAAAUUUUUUGCUCAGAGAGCUUUUCGGAGGGUAUCAAACUUACAUUACUUAAACAGAGGUUAUCGCGCGACUUUGAAGAACAGUGGCUGCAUUGAAAUAGCGAAACAAGCAUUAUGCAAAACCAGAAUCCUAUCACUAAGAGAAGUCAUCACGAAGAAUGAAGCAGCAUUAUCAAUCGAUAAGAAAAAAAAUACAAGUAUUUUAAAUAUUUUAUGGGAAAUCGUAUUACUUACGUUGCGUGUUAUUGUGAUAACAGUCGUCGUUUUCGCAUUGCUAACAUUUUAUUGGCUCAAUAAAUUCUUCGGUCUCAAGACGCUUCCCAUCGUUUAUCUGAAAGGUGCGUAUCAAAACUAGAAAAUACUAAAUUUUACCAAACACAACUAAAUGCACCGGUGUCAUUUUUUACCCUCGUAGCCUUAGAAUUCCUUGGCCCCACCUUCACGAAGCUAGGACAAUGGAUGUCUACGCGACGCGACUUGUACCCUGAAGAGUUUUGCUCAUGUUUAUCGCGGCUUCAACGUAACACAUCGGCACACUCGUGGUUCUACACGAACCACGUGCUUGAGACGACCUACGGUCCCGAAUGGCAUCGACUCUUUGUCAAGAUAGACCGCGUCCCCAUAGGUUCAGGCUGUUGUGCCCAAGUACAUCGGGCACUCCUGGAUGUGAACUAUUGCAAUAGUUACGAUUACGUGAAACAAAGAUCGCAAACUUCCGCUUUUGUAGAGGGUAAGCAAGAUUUUCACCUUACAUUCCAUGUCUUGUUUUCAAUUUGAUCAUUGCGAGUUUUAGGAAUUCUUUGGCAGAGGUAAGGGAGUGUUAAUUUUAUGUUGUGACUGUAGGGCGAUAAGUAUGUACAAUAAUAAUUAUAGUUAUUGUUGAAGGGCUUGAAAAAUAAGACGCGAAAAUUGAUACGUGAAUGGGAUGUAGGCAAAGAAAGAAAAAUUACAUUUACUAUUUUUAGGUUUAAUUUUUGCGAAUUACUUAAUUAUUUGCCAUUUGCAAUCCUUUCAUUAAGUCAACAAUUGGUAAUUGUACAAUAAAUCUUGAAUUUAUAAAAAUUUCAUUCAUAAUGAUUUAUAGCCUACGAAUACAGAAGUCAUUUGAUUUUGAUUGAAACUGAUUAUUUUGCAUGAAUAUAAAAUGCGCGAUUGCAAAUCGAAGACAGAUCGUAAUCUGAUUAUCGUCGUUAUUUUCAAACCAUUGCAUAACUAGUACAAAUUGACUUUGCUGCCUAUAAUUACGAAUUUUCAUAUUUUCAUUGCAUUUAUCAGUUGCUGAACAUUUUCACUUCGGACACAUUGCCGAUAACCUAGGUAAGAUAUUCCAAAGCAAAAAUGUUGCUUCGUUUAGUCUUUCAAGAUAAAUAAAUAAAUUAAAAUACGUAAAAUAAUUUAUGCAGGCAGAAUCUUGCGAGUAGGUAUAGAAAAAACAAUCGUAUCAGUAUCUCCGGGCGAUGUGAGACCAGUCGCUAUAAAAAUUUUGCAUCCUUGCGUCAAGGAUCGACUGAAGUAUGAAGUAUAACAAAAUGUCUUAGUGCGAAAUUAGAUUUUACUUAAUGACUAAUUAUGUACGUAUAAUUGUACAGGCGCGAUCUGUUUAUUUUACGAUUACUUUCCAAGUGUGUAACUUGCUUCGUGCCAAGUCUCGAAUGGCUCAACGUCACUGAUUGUAUAGAUGAGUUUUCUCAGAUCAUGGAAAAUCAAGUUAGUAAAGUUAUUUGAAAAAAAAAGAACAAUAAAAUAUUUUCAAACAAAA